AUGGAAACCCCAACCGCCCCAAUCAAGUUUGUACCGGUGAAGGCUGGCGAGACGCUCUCGCUUGGUACCGUUACCAUCCGAAUCUUGGAAGAUGGGUCAAAAACGGAUAAUAGAAUCGGGUCUGCCGAGUUUAUAGUGCCGCCGCAUACAAAUGGCCCGCCAGCACAUUGGCAUGAAAUGCACGACGAGACGUUUCUUGUCCUCCAGGGCACACUGCGAUUCCACGGGUUGCGCGGCGAGACAGUUGACGCGAAACAAGGAGACUAUAUCGUCGUCCCCCCGCGUUGCGCUCAUACCUUUUCCAAUCCAUUCGACGAAGAAGCCAAAUUCUUCAACACCUAUACCCCCGCGUUUUAUAUCAACUAUUUUAAGCUCUUGGCGACCAUGGCGGAACAAGGCAAACCCAUGGACCCGGAGUCGAACCGGCGAGCCAUGGCGUACUUUGCCACGAUUGGGGUUUCUGAGCAGGAAAUGGGGGCUGGACGGCAGAAUUAA